UUUCCAUCCGAACCUAUUCGUUUCCGUCCACCGCAAACACGCCAUCAACGACCUCGCCAUCCACCCCUCCGGCGAGGUAGCCCUCACCAUCUCACAAGACAAGUGUUUCGCCGUUGUUGAUCUCAUGCAUGGCCUCGUCGUGGACUGCCGGAGCUUCUGCCGCCCGCUCGGCAAGGAAGAGAGUUUGAGUUUGGUGAAGUUCAAUGCUGCCGGCGACAGGUUUUUCGUCGCGGCACUGGAGAAGGUCUCCGUCUACGUCACCAAGACUGAGCGGUUUUUGUUAGAAUUUGAGUGCUCGAAGCGUGUUCUCUGUGCCGCAUCUUCUAGGAAUGCACUUCUCUACACUGAUGGUGAGGACCGGAACAUCACAGCAUGGAACAUAAAGAGUGGAAAAGUUGCAUAUUGUGUUAGGAAGAAAAUGUUCUGCCAUGGAAACCUGCCAUAGGGGUUUCCAUGGCAGAACAUCUUCCUAACAUAUUGCUUGGAAGAAGGGCAUAGUACUCGUGUGAAAGGUAUCAUUGUGACCACAGAUAGUGAUGGUGAUGAGCCUUACCUAAUGGCAUUUGGGUCAUCUGAUGGCAUUAUACGUUUCUGGGAUGUUCGAAUGGCUGCUAGGGAGAAGCCACUAGUUGAGUGUAAUACAAAUUCUAGAUUGACGUGCCUUGCUGGAUCAUAUCAUAAAUGUAACCUGUAAUUACUUCAUCUUUGAACAUGCUUUUUAAAUAGAGAACAAACUUCUUUUAUGA